CAGAAGAAAACGAAGAAUAUCCAUCAAUGAUAGUUUCCUGUCUGAAAACGUGUCGUGCUUUUUCGGAACUGCACGUGUGAACUUGCAUACACAUUUUCUGGACAUUAAAAAUAAAAAGAUAUUACAUUUUGUAGACAACCAUGGCAUCAACUGAGGAUGACUUCCCUCGGGGAGGGAAGGCCAAAAAGACCAAUGAGGGAACAGUGAAACCCGUGAGACAACAGACCAAAGUGGACAAUCUGUUCGAGACACACGAUCCAGAAAAAACUAAGAAAAGGAAGGGUCAGAAAGAAGAUGCUUGGAAAAAAGUUAAGAAGCCAAACACAAACAAAGAGGAGGAUUUGAAGCUCAAUACAGCAACCACUAUAGAUAUCCUACAGUUAAAGAACCUGAAGGUGGGUCUCCUGCUCCUGGGCUGUGUGAAGGAGGUGACUGACUUCGAGGUGAUGGUCAACCUGCCCGGUGGCCUUCUGGGGUACCUGAACAUAGCCAACAUCUCCGACUCAUAUACCAAAGUCCUCAGUGACCAGCUGGACUACCAAGACGCAGAGAUCUUUGAUCUCUGUAGGCUCUUCUCACCUGGGAUGCUGGUUAGGUGUACAGUAGCCCGGUUGGAGAACACCAAGCGAGGAAUGGUCAGCAUCCAGCUAUCAGUCAAUCCCAAGGAAGUCAACAAAAGCUUGAGUACCGCGUCUCUGAAACCUGGCAUGAUCUUAAGUGGUUGUGUGGAGAGCGUUGAGGAUCAUGGCUACCUGGUUGACCUCGGCAUCAAAGGAACCAAGGCAUUUCUACCCAAACAGGCGGCCAGAGACCACACCAAUAAUCCUAAAGAGCUAAUGGUGGGCCAGUAUGUGACCUGCCGGCUGGAUGAGGUGAAGAACGAAGGGGGUGUGGUACGGCUGUCCUAUGGCCCCGCGGCACUGGGUCAGGGCAUGGCAAACGCCGAGCACGGCUGGACGCUCAACAACCUGCUACCGGGUCUACUAGUCAAAGCCCAGAUCAAAAAGGUGACCCUACAUGGUCUCAUCGUGAGUUUCCUUUCCUCAUUCAACGGCCUGAUCGACUUCAUGCACCUGGAAGCCAGCCAUGCCUCCAAAUUAAAAGAGGGAGAUUAUGUGAAGGCCUGUGUGCUCUACGUGGAGCCCUCCACCCACCUGGUGGGUCUUUCCCUCCGCAGCCACCUCCUGCUCCCGUGCUCGGACGUGGAGCUGGUGGCCACCGAGAGGAUAGGGGAGGUGGCCCACGGCUGCAAGAUGACCGCGCUCCAUCACCUGUCGGGGGCCAUUCUGGAGCUGCCAGACCGGACGGUGGCCUUUGUGCACAGGAACCACAUGAAGGAGCCCAAGGAGGAGUUCAACCUGAACCGUGUCAUGGCCAAGCCCGAACACAGCUGUCGGGUCAUGGACUUCAGCCCUCUGGAGCAGAUGCAUGUAGUCAGCCUACGCCAGAGUAUUAUUAAUGCCCCCUUCUUCAGAAGAUACCAUGACAUCCAACCUGGACAGUUCAUUGAGGGCACGGUGACAUCGCUGGCAGCCUACGGCAUGAUGGUGAAGGUGACGGACUACGUCAGAGGCCUGGUGCCACGGAUACACCUCUCUGACAUCAUCCUCAAGAACCCUGAGAAGCAGUACAGCGUGGGCAUGACAGUCAAGUGCCGGGUGUUGUUGGUUGACCCGCAGAAGAAGAAGUUGCUCUUAACCAGGAAGAGGGCCCUGUUGGAUUCCACCCUGCCCCUGUUCCGGACAUACGAAGACGCGCAGCGAGGCCGAAUAUCCCACGGAUUCAUAGUUUCCAUCAAGGACUUUGGCUGCCAUGUCCGUUUCUAUGGCGAAGUCAAGGGGCUGGUGCCCAAGAAUGAGCUCGGCGCAGAACCCAUGAUAAUUCCUCAGCAUACAUUCUAUGUCGGACAGGUGGUAAAAGCUAAAGUGCUCAACUGUGAUGUGGAGAAGGACAAGCUGCUCUUGUCCUUCCGGGCUGUGUCUGGGGGAGACACUGUGGAACCAAAGUUCGAUUUUAAUGUUGGACAGAUAUUGAAAACUAAGGUGGUGAGUAAAGUCCCCAGUGGUCUGGAAGUGUCCAUUCUGCCCGGGAACAUCACAGCCUUCCUACCCACAGUGCACCUCUCUGACCACGUGUCCAACUGCCCACUGCUCUGGGAGGGGAUCCAGGAGGGUGAUAUCAUCCCAGACAUUGUCUGCGUCAGCCUGAACAAAAAGCUUAUUACUCUGACCAAGAAGCCCGCAGUGAAGUCUUCCCUGGAGGAUUGGGGCGUGGUGGCCAAGGAGUUCUCUGACAUCACAGUGGGCAUGCAGCUGAUUGGCUGGGUCAAGAGCAUCAUGCCCUAUGGCUUGUUCGUGCAGUUUCCCUGCAACUUGGUUGGCCUGGCCCCUAAAUCGGAAAUGAGUGACAAGUUUGUCAGCGACACGGCAGCUCUCUUCCAGCUAGGCCAGACCGUGGUGGCCAAGGUGAUCAACAUGGACGAGGAGAAGCAAAGGUUCUUGGUCAGCCUUCGGAUGUCUGAGGUCAGCUACUCCAAGGAAGAGGCCCAGGCCAGGCUGGUCAGAGGCUUUCAGGAGCGGAAGACCGCACUGGAGAUGAUGGCCUGCAGAGGAGACUCUGACCUCCUCAAGCAGCUGUCCGCAGUGACCGUAGGCCAGAAGAUGAAGAUGAGCGUGGAUGAGGUGAAGGAGGAUGGGAGCGUCACCUUCAAGUCUGAUGAGCUCAGUUCAGCCACCGUACUGGCUACCAAGGAACAUGUGCCGGGUACGAUGGUGACAAACCAGAAUUGCAAGCCGGUCAUCCUCCAUGUCGACCUUGUGAACUCUCAGGUCUACGUAUCCCUCUUGUCCAGUCUAACUGGCAAGAAGACUGCGCUGAAGGCGGGUUCGAACCACGUUGCCACAGUGCAGCAUGUCGAACCAGACUUUGCCGUCAUCUCAUUGGGCGCCACAGCUCACCUGACCGUCAUCCAGAACACCCAUCACCUCAACGAGACGUUCCGCUUCGACUCGGAGAAACUGACUGCCGGGAGAACGUUGACGGUCACUGUGCAGGAACCUAGCUGCGGAAAACUGGACGGUUUCCCCUUAGUGGCCUGGGAGCUCGGCGAACCCAGCCGCCAAAGGUUCACGUCCACCUCAGAGGAGUCCAAGGGCUGUUACCGCUACGGCGACAUUGUCCAGGCCAAGGUGAAGUCGGUCAAGCCCGCGUGGGUGCUGGUGACACUGGAGGACGGGGUCACGGGGAGCGUGCACGUGUCCGAGUGUCAGGAGGUGGUACGUCCGGGGACUUUCCCCACGUCCCUCCUGAAGAUAGGUAGUGAGGUCACAGCCCGGGUCAUCGGAGGACGUGAGGGCCGCAGUCACAGAUUCCUGCCCUUCUCCCAUCGUAACUUCACCUACUUCUUGCCUGAACUCACACUUCUCCCCAGUAAGUUAAAAGAUGCCGAUAUUACGCCGGUCAAGACCAAGGAAAGGAGUUAUCAAGUUGGGGACAAAGUUAUGUGCUUUGUGUCAAGGAUUGUUCCAGGAAGCAAGUGUUUGGAGGUGACCAUAGAUCACACCGUUUCUGGGACUGUGGACUUCUUGUCCAUGACUACUGACCUUAAAGAAGCCCGGCACCCAGAGAAAACCUUCAAGCUGGGCCAGGCAGUCAUGGCUAAGGUGCUGAAAGUCAGCUCAUCCAAGCCGUCAUACAUGUCAUUAUCUUUUAUUGAUUUCGACCGGUUGGAGAAGGACAUGACAGUCCUGGGGUUUGUGCAGAGCAUGGACGCUGACCAGGGCCUACUGGUGAAGCUGCCGUUCAAAGCCGUGGGAUCAGUUGCCCUGACGGACCUAUCAGAUUGCUUCAGGCAGAAACCUUUGGAGGUAUUCAGCAAGAACCAGCUGGUCAGGUGCUACCUUGUAAAAUUGGAGGAGGGCAAAUGGCAAUUGUCUCUCCGGUCAUCGAGGACAAACCCACAUAUAGUGUCAGCAGUAAAGGAUCCAGAGGUUGAGUCCGUACACAAGCUGACCGUGGGCCAGAUCAUCCGAGGCUAUGUGAAGAGCGUCACGGCGCAGGGAGUCUUCAUCAGUUUGUCUAGAUCCAUAACGGCCAGAGUCCAGUACCAGAACGCCACCAAACACGUGUCUGACCACGAGGUCUAUGCCAAGCACGUCCCUCAGAACACCCUACUAACAGCCAAGAUCCUCAGCAUCAACAGAAAGACCCAGGAGGUUGAGCUGUCUCUGCUCCAAGAGGACACGGGGAAGCCCGAUUUGCUCUCCGAACUACUGGGUUCGCGUCCGCGUCCAGCGGGAGAGGCCAAGAAGGAGCGUAGCGCAACGAAGAAGAGGAAGGGCACAGUGUCAGAAAGCAAGGAUGGACCUAAAGAGACACCUGCGAAGAAGAAGAAGAAGAAAAAGAAGACGGCCAAAACGGAUGACAACGACAGUGGAGUGGAGGUGUACUUCAGAGAAGUGGUGGAGGAGGAGGAGGAGGAGAGAGAGGAGAAGCCAGCUAAGGUAGUGAAACCGGCCAGACUGCAGGUGACCGCAGGGUUCUCCUGGGAUGCAACGCUGAGCGCUCUAAAACCAGCCUCCAGCGCUCGGGGGGGAGGAGAGUCCAGCGACGACGGUGAUGAGGACAAGGAGACGACGAAGCCCCGGAAGAAGUCCCGCCACGAGCAGGAGCUGGAGAAGCGGGAGACUGAGAAGGCCCUGACCAAGCUGGAGACGGAGCUCAUGGACCCGGGUCUCCGGCCCCAGUCCGCGUCGAGCUUCGAGCGCCUGCUGCUGGCGUCGCCCGACAGUUCCCUCCUCUGGCUACAGUUCAUGGCCUUCCACCUGCAGGCCACACAGAUCGAGCAGGCUAGGACGGUGGCCGAGAGGGCCCUCAAGACCAUCUCCUUCAGGGAGGAACAGGAGAAGCUCAACGUGUGGGUCGCCCUGCUGAACCUGGAGAAUCUUUACGGGACCGAGGAGAGCCUCCAAAAGGUGUUUGAGCGGGCCCUCCAGUACUGUGAACCCAUGCCUGUGUACCAGCAGCUGGCCGACAUCUACGCCAAGAGCCAGAAGACUAAGGAAGCUGAGGGCCUUUAUAAGACCAUGGUGAAGCGCUUCCGUAAGGAGAGUGCUGUUUGGCUGAGCUACGGGACCUUCUUGCUCCAGCAGGGUCAGAGCGACGCCGCCAACGCUCUGCUACAGAGGGCAAUCAAGAGCCUGCCUAGCAAAGACAGUGUGGACCUUAUAGCUAAGUUUGCCCAGCUGGAGUUUCGCUAUGGUGAUCUGGAGCGUGGGAAGACCAUGUUUGACAAGAUCGUGACCAGCUACCCCAAACGCACUGACCUGUGGUCAGUGUUCAUUGACCUCAUGAUUAAACACGGCUCCCAGAAAGAAGUCCGGGCUCUCUUUGACCGUGUCAUCCACCUGAGCGUGGCAGUGAAGAGGAUCAAGUUCUUCUUCAAACGCUACCUGGAGUAUGAGAAGAACCACGGCACACCAGAAAGCAUCCUGGCAGUCAAGGAAAAAGCCUUGGAAUAUGUGGAGUCAAAGGGGACCGAGGCCGCUAGCUAGGCACGCACACUUCGAAGAACGACACACCAGACAAUCUGACUGUCAAGGAAAUGGCCCUAGAAUACAAGCAGUCUAAGGGGACAGAUACUGCCACCCACACACACAGAGCGCUAUAGGCAGAUGGAGACAUGCAUACUUUGAACAAACAGUGAAAGACACAGGUUGAAUUCCCUUCAGGAUAGUUUCUUGUGAGCCAACGUGUGUUGACAUGAUCCAGAAUUCUAUAAACCGGGUGGAUUUGUUAGAUUCUUCAUCUUAUUUGUCAAUAGCUCGUGUAUGUAAAACAAUUUACUAAGGAGGUGUCAUUCUGCCUGAAUGUUUGCACAUUUUUUUUAUAUAAAUUGCUCAUUUGUAAAAUGCGCGAAUGUGUGGUUAAAAAAUGCGUUUCUAUCUGAACUGAAUGAAAAUAAUUGAAUAAAAUCGAUGAUAUAAAAUGA